CUCUAAAUUCAAUCAUCAGAUCUCGGCGUAGAUCGCAUUUUGUCUCGCGAUUUCCCAUUGGCAUACUAAGCCCAGCUGUGACAUAAUAUUGUUUGCGCAGAUAACAGUGUCAUCCUACGUUAUCUACAUUGAUAAAAUCACUUGUGUGAUUGUUAGGAGUUCAGUGCAAAUUUGUAUUACCUACAGCUAACACAAUAUGGCGUGCUUCGUUAAUAAAGUGGUGAUUGUGACCGGCGCGAGUGCCGGUAUCGGUGCGGCGACAGCAGUGCGCUUUGCUCAAGAAGGCGCCAACGUUGCCAUAGUGGGAAGAAAUCAAGAAAGAUUGGCUAAAGUAGCUGAAGACUGUGCUAAAUACGGAAGAAACCCUCUCGUUAUCAAAGCCGACGUGUCCAAGGACGAUGAAGCGAGAAGCAUCGUUGCCAAAACGGUGGAAGCCUUCGACAAACUCGAUAUUUUGGUCAACAAUGCCGGUAUUUAUAAAUAUGAUGAUAUUCAAAAACCGGACUUUAUGGAAAUAUUCGACUCUAUAAUGACCACUAACAUGAGAGCCGUUGCAUUCCUCACUAACUUAGCUGUGCCUUACCUCAUAGAGAGCAAAGGCAACAUUGUCAAUGUGUCAAGUAUUGCUGGUAGAUGUGUUGGACAUCCUCACAGAACCUCUUACAAGACUUCGAAAGCCGCUUUAAAUCAUUUCACGAGAUGUAUAGCUUUGGAGUUGGCUCCUCAUGGCGUCCGAGUGAACAGUGUGAGCCCUGGGCCAGUCGCUACCGAGAUAUUCAACACAGCCGGUUUGCCUGACGCUUUGACAACGCUUAAGGACGCUACUGCUUUGGGCCGAGUUGGGGAAUCCGAAGAAAUUGCGGAUUUGAUACUGUUUGUGGCCAGUGAUAAAGCAAAGAGCAUUACUGGGUCUGACUACGUCUCGGACAACGGUAUGCUCCUUAAGCAAUAGCAUGUUUUCGAUAUGUUCAUUCAUUCUAGAAUAAGUUUUAUGUUUUUCAUCAACUACUUCAUAAUUUCUUUAGCAAUAGUUUGUUGAAAGGUUUAGUAUUAAAUCUUACCUUUAUUAAUACGUAAUAAUCUCUGUUUGUUAAAAUUUAAUUGUCAAUUACAAAACAAUAAAUGUAUUUUUCCACAGUUGUUUUACAUUA